GUGGCUGCGACGUAGCUUGGAGGUGGGCGCACUACAGCCUCGCGGAAGAUCCUCUUGGCCGCGGCACCGCGGCGGAUUUGGUUGUUUACAAAUUCUGGGUACGUGACUUUUGACUUCUUACCAUUCAUACACUCUCCUUGGUUCACAAUAAUUGCACUAAUGCCCCUUGUUUUACCUAUGUGCAUGGUUGCAGAAAUACUUCAAGAGGGCCGAGGGCAAGGAGAAUGCGUGCGAUGAUGUCCUACACCAGCUUGCAAGGAAGAGGGUGACUGGCAUGCACUACGAGGCACGUAUUCAAUGCGUCCGCGACUGGCACGCCGACCGCUUCGUCCACAUGAGUAAGGAGGACGCUCGCGACACGCUCAUGCAGCCGUGGCAGUACUUGCAGAACCCUCCUCAGUACGUCGGCAACGACGAUAGGUGCUUUCGUGCGAUGGUCAUGUGGUGGACAUGCCCCCAGUACCUCAAGAAGCACGAGGAGGGCAAGGCGAAGCGGGCAGAGAUGCGAGGUGGAUCGCAUAUCCAAGGCAGCAUCCCCAUCUCUCUUCACCUGCAGAAGGAGGUGAGCAAAUUAAUGGUUCCUUCAUUCUUUGAAUUCAUGUUAUAUAUUUGUUAACUCCGCAAGGGUGUGUCACUUCACUCAA